GUAAAUUCGAGUUGAUUAGUCAGGGAACUAAUUUAUAAAUAUAAAGUAUUGCGAAAAAAAAAACAUUCAGUGAAAUAGGAAGUAACAGUGUUAGUGUGUGAGUCAAGUGCCACAGCGACACAUCUAUAAAAUACGAGAAAACGUAACCUAAUUUUAUUUGGAGUCUAGUGACAUUUUGCUGAAUGGUCGAUUAUGAAAUUUUUUGUUAAAUUAUCACACCAUUACCUGUUCACUUCGGUACUUGUUAGAAAAAGAAAAAGGCUGAAGUUCUAAUUGGGAAGGAACCGAAUCGCAAGGAGAGAAACCCUUAUUUACCGACUGAAAGUACAAUUUUAAACUUAACUUAUUGAUAAUUUAUUCCGUAAUUUAUUUUUAUAAUUUAGUAACUUGAAUAUUCGAAAAUGAGACCAAGUUUCGCGUGAUAAUUAAAAAUAGUCCUGUAAUUAAUUAAAUAUCGGUUUGUAAGACUUGAAAAUGAACGGGAACGUAAAUAACAGGAGUUACUAUCCGAACGCCCGGUAUGCGACAGUAUUUCAAGAGGAAAACAUCGAGGCGAAAAAGAAGCAAGGAUGGUUUGGGACAAGGCACUUCGUAACGUUCAUGCUAUUCCUCGGCAUGGCAAAUGCUUACAUCAUGAGAACGAACAUGUCUGUAGCUAUAGUCGCUAUGGUUAACCAUACGGCAAUAGAAAAUGAUAAUCACGACCAUGCAGUAUCGGUCGACGAUGAAUGUAAUGUUGAAAGUGUGAAUCAGACGAUUCAUCAUGAAGAACUGAAUGGCGAAUUUGUUUGGAAGACCGAUGUACAAGGAUAUAUUCUAAGUUCAUUCUUCUACGGAUACGUAGCUACUCAAAUACCAUUCGGUAUUCUAGCCAAACGGUACGGAAACAUCUACUUCUUGGGAAUCGGAAUGUUGAUCAACUCAGUAUUCGGUUUGCUAGUACCAGUUGCCGCCAAUAUGGGAAUUUGGUGGCUUAUUACUGUUAGGUUUAUACAAGGUCUCGGAGAGGGUCCUAUAGUCCCAUGCACACACUCACUUCUGGCAAAAUGGAUCCCCCCUAAUGAGAGAAGUCGAAUGGGAGCUUUCGUUUAUGCAGGAGCACAAUUCGGAACUGUGAUAUCAAUGCCUUUGAGUGGUCUCCUCUCAGAAUGUAGGUUUGGUUGGCCGUCUAUAUUUUACGUUUUUGGCACAGUAGGCACAAUAUGGUGUAUAUUCUUCCUCAUUUUCAUCCACGAAGAUCCGCAAAGUGAUACAAAAAUCAACACAGAAGAACGUCUAUACAUUCAGAAACAAUUGGGAAGUAAAAUUGGUUUGCCGAUUCCGGCAGUUCCUUGGAUGUCUAUCGCAAAAUCCAUGCCUUUCUAUGCCAUCCUCCUCGCCCAUAUGGGUCACAAUUACGGUUAUGAAACUCUCAUGACGGAACUUCCUACCUACAUGAAGCAAAUUCAUCAUUUCAGUAUUAAAGACAAUGGAAUUUUAUCUUCUCUUCCAUAUUUGGCGAUGUGGUUGUUUUCCAUCUUCAUCAGUCAUGUUGCUGACUUCAUGUUAACAAAGCCCUUCUUCACACACACUCUUGUGAGAAAGAUCAUAAAUGGAAUUGGUCAGUAUGGUCCAGCUGUAGCUCUGUUAGCAGUAGCUUACACCGGAUGUGACAAAUGGUUGACUGUAGCAGUCCUCACUGUUGGCGUUGGUUUGAACGGUGGUAUCUAUUCUGGAUUCAAAGUAAACCAUUUGGACAUAUCUCCGCAGUAUGCUGGUAUCCUUAUGUCAUUCACGAAUUGUAUGGCAAAUCUGGCUGGGUUACUCGCCCCCAUUUACGCCGGACAUGUUGUCGUGGGAACACCAAGCAUCGCUAAAUGGAGGAUCGUUUUCAUAACUGCUUCCUGCGUUUAUGCAGGCUGCUGUUCAUUUUACGUAAUAUUCGGAUCAGGCGAGAGACAAUCUUGGGACCAACCAGCUGAAGAUCCAGCAGAAAAAAAGGAAAACGAUGAGCCCCAAAUGAUCACCACACGAGCCUGAUUUCGAGGAUAAUAAUGGUUGUGAUGUAUUAUUUCUAGCUUUAGUUGAAAGUAUUGCUAACUUAAGUUUUCAAAACCUCUCAGCUCCAAGAAUACAAACCGAAUGUUAAUUAGGUUUGCAGUAUUAGAAACCUGCGUUCAAAAGUAUUUCCUUGUGAUUAAAGUAUUUGUAUCUCAAUUUUUCUGAUAGGAGCUCUGGCCUUGGAGUUGUGUUGUAUAAGAUUAGUGAACUUUUUAUAACUAUGUACAUAGUACUGUUUAGUUGAUUUCUCAGAGUGCCUUACAGGUUAACGGUAAAAAGAGAAACUCAAAAAUUGUUAUCCCUUAUUUAUUUUGUGAAGAUUUUAUCAAGUGAAUAAAUUUAUAUGAAAAGAUU